CAACUGCCCACCAUGUAACCCAAUCUGACACAAUCUCGCUGGAACUCUGGACCGCAUGUAUUAAUCGCUCCGGCUCACAUCGUGAACGCCGGUUGACGGGCUCGGAUGCCGGUAGUCAUAAGCACGAACAAAAUUCGUGGCAGUCCCCGCACUAGGGGCGCUGCGUUCUGACGUUCUGUUCUGUGCAGCAACGACGACGUCAAGAUCCACCACUGAUGCAUACCUUGCGUGUCUGCGUCUGGCUAUACUAUCUGACUCGUGUCGCCUGGUCAAAAGCCCCGACACCUCUGAUUCACCGGUGAAAGCAGGGGCUCGAGAGUCCGCACAACUCUCCGUCUGGGUCAAGUGUAAGAACAGGGCAAUGGCAGCAGACGGACGAAACAAGCCGCAAUCCUUGAAUCACUCUGGUAACCAGAAGCCUCGCCUGCCAUGAUACCGAGAACUCGACGACACGGGGAUUGUAUCAUAUCAAUCAAUGUUGUUCGCACACGAAGCAGCAGCUACUCUGUAGUUGAGCGCCGGUGAGACAACUCUUUGAGUCUAGCAGAGCAACCGACUGCGCGUGGCACUGGCUCCAUCGCUCGAUCUGACGGCCAGCGCGACGCAAUAGAUGAGGGGAUGACGCAUGUUGAUUGACCCGGUGGAUAUCUGGGGAAUAAGCGCAGCGCAGCGCUGAUCAUAAAAGACGGCCGAAAUUCUGGCCGUUUCGAGGGGCACGUCCGGUCGCUUGGUUCAUCAAGUAAAUUAACAGCUCUCGCCCGUCUUGCGAGGCACACGAGGGGGCUGUAGAUCACCGGGGAUAUCGACAAACUUUCGCCAUCUCGCUAGAUUCCGUUAUCAAGCAUCCGUUGUCUAGUCGCUCCCAUUCCGGCUGUUCUGGGUCUGACUGUGCAACGAACGGUGAUAGCAUCUGCGCCAGGACGCCCAGUCUGUUCCUCUGCUUGCUGAGAUCUUGACGGUCACCUAGCCCGGUCCUUGUUCCGGCAGAUCGUCUAACGACCAUCGGCGAAAUGAAAUGGGAUCUGCCGGGCCAAUGUCGAGAGAAGAUGGUGCUCGACUGGGUAUUUCCCCGGGGCGGGGCUCAGGGACGAGCUAUGUAUGGUCUGCACCCCCAUGGGCUGCUCGAUCCGGAUGGCAGGCGCUGGCAGAUACAUCGACGGUUCCUGAUUUAUAUAGGGCGUGGAGGGUCUGCUGCGCUCGAUGGCGUCGCAAUCGUACUACGUCGAGUAUCCAGCGUCCCCCGACCGCGAGUUCGCGUGCCACCUCUGCGCGCUGUCGUUCGACCGGAACCACGAUCUGAAGCGGCACAUCGAGACGCACAGCGGCGAGCGGCCGUUCGUGUGCGAGCGGGGCUGCGGCAAGUCGUUCACGCGCAAGGACGCGCUGAAACGUCACCAGACGACAUUCCCGUUCUGUCCACCGGACCCGAGUGCGAAACCGAAGCCGAAACCGAGGCCGGUCUCGUCAGCAGCGUCGUACCAGCACCAGCACCAGCACCAGCACCAGCACCAGCACCAGAGCUACUACGGCUCGGCAGGACCGAGCUCUCCCCAGGCGGCGGCGGUGGCGGGAUACCCGGCGAGCCCGACCUCGCCGGCGCCCUACGCAGCACCCUACGGGUACGGGCCUCCAGCGAGCUCGCACUGGCCCUCGUCAGACCCACAGCAGCAGCAGCAGUACGGCGGAAUGAGCUACCCGGGAUCGUACAUCGCACCACCACCACCGAUGCACGGCGGAGAGUAUCCGUCGUCGCCGACACGGGCGUUCCCGUGCGACGAGUGCGCGCUGUCGUUCGACCGCAACCACGAUCUGAAGCGACACAAGAUGACGCAUGCGGGCGAGCGCCCGUUCGAGUGCCACGGAUGCGGCAAGACGUUCUCGCGGAAGGACGCGCUGAAGCGACAUCAGACGACCAAGGAAUGCGGGAUGCAGUGAUUGAACGAACAGUUUCUUCCUCUUAGUGUCACAGUAAAUUUAAUACAUCCAUCACAUUCAUUUUGUAUUCAAAGGCAAUAUGGCGAGUCAACAUAGUCGUCAGUCG